AAUCACGAAAUGACAUCCUAUAAAACUCGACAGUCAUCUUACGGCGAACCCACCGGUUGCAUGCAAGGGACCCGCGUCAAGGUCCUCGAAGAAUUGGACAUUUGGGCCUCGGACGCCAAUAGCAGCAGGGUAUACUGGAUGGUAGGUAUGGCUGGAAUCGGUAAAUCAACCAUCGCGCACACGUUCUGUGAGAACCUCGAGGCGAAAAACAUUCUUGGUGGCAGUUUCUUUGCUUCUCGAGCAUCCGAGAAAACUAGAAACGCACGCCUUAUCAUUCCUGUUAUAGCACAUUCAUUGGCCAGAGCUUCACCUGCUAUCAAAGUUGAGGUCGUCAAGGCCAUCGAGGAUGACCCUACUCUGGCGGAAACGACCUAUUCUAACAUAAAGGAGCAGUUCAAACGACUCAUUUAUGAUCCCGUUCAAACGACCGUCGGUGGGGUGGAUAAAGUUGUCGUUAUUGAUGCCAUCGAUGAAUGUGCCAACCUUGAAGUUGUCACUUCGUUCAUCAAACUUGUCCUUGAAUUGGCGUCGAAAACUCCGCUCAAGGUAUUCCUCACCAGUCGAGACGAAUAUCGGAUUCGCAAGGCCUUCGAGUCUGGGGAUCGCAUACGAUUCUGUCUCCAUGAAAUCGAGAAGGACGUGGUCAAGAACGAUAUCCAAACAUAUCUCGACAUAUCAUUGGCCCGCAUUAAAGAAAACGACAGCGACGAAUGGCCCUCUUCCAGCGAACUGUCCGUUCUCGUCAAACGAUCUGGUACACUCUUCAUUUACGCAGCAACUGCUGUUCGUUAUAUCACCAACGGUGAUGAAGACUUUAAGUCCCGUCUUUCCGCAAUGGUGAUCCAUGGCCAGAAAUCAAUCAGCAAGUUUGAGACCGACAUCGAUUCUCUCUAUAUACACGUCUUGGAAAAGGUCUGUGAAGGCAAGGAGUUGCAUGAAGUUGCUCCUAUGAGAGACCUCUUGUUGAUCACCAUAUUCCUUCGAAAUCCAUUGUCGAUGGAAGCCCUUACAUCUCUGUCACUGGAAAGGAACACACACUCAUAUUUGUCGCGUCUCUGCUCUGUUAUUCACAUUCCUGAUCAACCAGGGGCUGUGGUUGCUCCAUUCCAUGCCUCAUUCCCAGACUUCAUAACUGAUCCCAAACGUUGUUCUCCUGAGCGUUUUUCUUCUGAGCGCUCUGCAUUCCCUGCCUUGGAUGCUUCAGAGGGUCAUAAACUGAUAGCCCUGAAAUGUUUGGAGCAGAUGAACAGGUCACUGAAGUACAACAUAUGCGAAAUUCCCAAAGAAUUGACAGUGUUCCGGAGAGGUAGGACCAACUCUCCGCAAAACAUCGACAAAAUCUCAGAAGUGCUCAAAUACUCAUGUAUCUAUUGGGCUGCUCACUUAGCAGAGGUCAAGAAAUUUGACUGUGUACUCGUCGAGGCUCUUCGUGUUUUUCUGCACAAGCAUCUUUUGCACUGGAUAGAGUGUCUCAGCAUACUGGGUGAGCUGCAGACUGGACUGAAAUACCUGGGUGGCAUAAUGACUCUUUUAUCAUUACUUGUUCACGAUGCCCGCCGGUGCUUACAAAUGAACUUUGAAGCUGUCCAGAAACAUUGCAUGGGGAUCUAUGAGUCUGCACUUACUUGGAUCCCGAAGAAUUCAGUGAUAUGCAAAACCUACAUUGCAGAUGUCAGCAGAGUUCCAAAAGUGACUCUUGGAUUAUCUGACUCCUGGGACCCUGCAGAGCUGAUUUUACAAAAUGGCUCACUGGUACUAUCUGUUGCAUUCUCGCAGGAUGGCAGUCGAGUCAUCUCUGGAUCAUACAAUGGAACACUCCGAAUUUGGAAUGUGACGACGGGCAAGGUGGAGGCUGAACUGAAGGGCCACACAGGUUGUGUGAAUUCUGUUGCAUUCUCACAGGAUGGCAGCCAAGUUGUCUCUGGAUCAAAUGACAAAACAGUCCAAAUUUGGAAUGUGACAAUGGGUGAGGUGGAGGCUAAGCUGAAGGGCCACACAGAUUUUGUGAGGUCUGUUGCAUUUUCGCAGGACAGCAGCCAAGUCGUCUCUGGAUCAGAUGACAAAACAGUCCGAAUUUGGAAUGUGACAACGGGUGAGGUGGAGGCUAAGCUGAAGGGCCACACAGAUUUGGUGAGGUCUGUUGCAUUUUCGCAGGACAGCAGCCAAGUCGUCUCUGGAUCGGAUGACAAAACAGUCCGAAUUUGGAAUGUGACAACGGGUGAGGUGGAGGCUGAGCUGAAUGGCCACACAGAUUUGGUGAAGUCUGUUGCAUUUUCGCAGGACAGCAGCCAAGUCGUCUCUGGAUCGGAUGACAAAACAGUCCGAAUUUGGAAUGUGACAACGGGCAAGGUGGAGGCUGAGCUGAAGGGCCACACAGAUUUGGUGAACUCUGUUGCAUUUUCACAGGAUGGCAGCCAAGUUGUCUCUGGAUCAAAUGACAAAACAGUCCGAAUUUGGAAUGUGACAACGGGUGAGGUGGAGGCUGAGCUGAAGGGCCACACAGAUUUUGUGAGGUCUGUUGCAUUUUCGCAGGACAGCAGCCAAGUCGUCUCUGGAUCGGAUGACAAAACAGUCCGAAUUUGGAAUGUGACAACGGGCGAGGUGGAGGCUGAGCUGAAUGGCCACACAGAUUGUGUGAGGUCUGUUGCAUUUUCGCAGGACAGCAGCCAAGUCGUCUCUGGAUCGGAUGACAAAACAGUCCGAAUUUGGAAUGUGACAACGGGUGAGGUGGAGGCUGAGCUGAAGGGCCACACAGAUUUGGUGAGCUCUGUCGCAUUUUCGCAGGAUAGCAGCCGAGUCGUCUCUGGAUCGGAUGACAAAACAGUCCGAAUUUGGAAUGUGACGACGGGUGAGCCGAGUCGUCUCUGGAUCGGAGACAAAACAGUCCGAAUUUGGAAUGUGACGAUGGGUGAGGUGGAGGCUGAGCUGAAGGGCCACACAAAUAUUGUGAGGUCUGUCGCAUUCUCGCAGGAUGGCAGCCGAGUCGUCUCUGGAUCGCAUGACAAAACAGUCCAAAUUUGGAAUGUGAUGACGGGCGAGGUGGAGGCUGAGCUGAAGGGCCACACAGAUUACGUGAUAUCUGUUGCUUUCUCGCAGGACGGCAGCCGAAUCGUCUCUGGAUCGAACAACAAAACAGUCCGAGUUUGGAAUGUAACAAUGGGCAAGGUGGAGGCUGAGCUGACAGGCCACACAGUGACAAGUUCUGUCGCAUUCUCGCAGGAUGGCAGCCAAGUCAUCUUUGGAUCGCAUCACAAAACGGUCCAAAUUUGGAAUCUGACGACAGGCAAUUCUCAAGCAAUGCUUGCUUCAAACAUAACAUUGCCUGACGACAGUAGAGUGAAUAAAACUGGCCAUGGGGAAUUCCACAUUUCCUAUCCCUUGCAGCAACCUACACUCAGUAUGAAUUCCUCUACCCAGUUAUCAAAUAGCGGUGACUGGAUAAUGGCCAACCUCCGAGACUGCUGUAUUCCCUCUCAAUAUCGCAAGUUUCGGUGUUCCUCAAUUUGGGGCAGCCGAAUAUGUUUGGGGUACCAAUCUGGCCGUGUAGUCAUUGUUGAUAUGAACGUGGCGUUAUGA